CGUCAUUGUUGAACUAUGUGAUACAUAUGGAGCAUGUUCCAAUGUAAAUAUGGAGGCCGCUAUUACUGUGUUAGAUAAGACUUUUACAGAAGCAGAACUUGAUGAAGCUGCUGCGUCAAUAACAGCAACUCUUAAAACAGACAUGAAUGCAGCUAUUGGAAUGGCUAUGUCAAUUUCCAGUCUCCUUGUGUCUGAUGACCAGAACAGCACUGAUUCUGUUUCACUUGUUAUUAACGAAGUAGCUACCAAUCUUCUGAUUUCUGUUGUUGCAGCAAUUGACCCAGCUGACGCUACAUCAGUGUUAGAUUCUGCUAAUAACAUGCUACAGCGACUGGCUGACAGUGGUGGGUUGGCCCAGACAGUGAUCACUGAGAGUCAGUCAUUAGCUUCUGAUUUAGCUUCAUAUGUCACCAUAGGAGCAGACCAAUCUAGAAGGCGAAAGAAGAGGUCCACUACAGUGACCGUUACUCCGUUAUCAAUAAGUGAUGCUGCAGUACUAUUGACAACUUAUAGUGCCACAUUUUCACAACAGUCGGAAGACAGUAUAUCGACCAAUUCCGCUACAAAUUAUCUGCAAGCUUUAGACAAUAUGUUCAUAGGCUUGUGUGCAACGGUGUCUUAUGCCGAGGAUCCCGUAGUUAUAUCUUCAGAAUUGACGACAGUUAACAUCGACAAAAGAGUUGCACAGAAUACUGCGUCUAUAGUUUACGAUGUUACAUGCAACAACUGCACAUCUUUUAUUGCAUAUCCUGCUGAGGUGACAUACGGGACAUCAAUCCAGAAUAAAUACAUGAAUUGGAAUUGUUCAGCUUAUUUGAGUUGUUAUGGAGCAUGCUUCGUCACUGCACAACUGACAAAGGAUUUAGUAACACCAACAUCCCCUUCCGAAAUGAGUUUAACCAACCGAGUUCGCCGAAGCGACAUUAUGAUUCUAAAAAUUGUAAAUCCUGUCGAAAAUUCCUUAUUGACUGUUGGAAACCUACAAACACCGAUAACAAUAACCAUCACAGUGGAAGGUGAUGUAAAUACUACAGCUCAUAGUUUGCAGUGCUUAUUUUGGAACCAUGACAGCUGGACGAACGACACCUGUACAGCGAGUUCUCCACAUAUGAUGUAUUCACUUCAAGCUGUCACUUGCUCAUGUAAUACUAUGGGCUAUGUUGCAAUAUUUGAAGGUCCACCCACAAUUGAUACCAUCAUUUCCUUCACAACUGAAAGUUCAUUGGAAACGGAGACAAUUUAUGUGGACAUGGAAACAACAGAAACAAUUAUAUCGAUUCCAUCGUCAGCAGAAGCGGUUCAAGUGUCGUUUACCAUUGAUACAGACUAUGCCAUUAUUGUUGAUCAUUUGCAAUUUAGAAAUGAAAUCAAGCAAAAACUUGCUGACACCAUGCAUGUUAAGGUUAAGAGGAUAACAUAUUUAAGCGUAGAAUCAGGAAGUAUAAUUGUAACGUUUAAGGUUGAACAUGGAAGCAUAUCGGAGACAACUCUCCAGAUAGCCGUCGAAAAACUACUGGCUGCAAUUAUGUCUAACAAUUUGGCCAUCACUAAUCAUCACGGAGGACCUCUUAAAAUCAUCAAAUCUUCCUUUACUUAUCAGGUGGUAGAUAAAGACCCAGUUCCAGAGGAAGAAAAUCCUUCAACUUUGUACAUAAUACUCGGUUGUGUAGGAGCAUUACUGGUCAUUGCUGUAAUCGUUAUUGCUAUAUUGCUUCACAAGAUGAAAAAAGACCACACUGCGGUGUCGACCUCUCCACCACCACCAUAUGGUCCUCAGAUGCAUGGUGUUGAUGUUCCAAGACCAGCUAGUAGUGGGAGCAAGAAAUUUCUGGUCCAAGAACGAACACAUUCAAAGACAAAACAAAGUAAUGAUAAUAAGCAUGGAUGUACAAAAAUGUAUGAGACUGGUCAUGGCUCUGCAAUGAAAGAUGUGGAUAUUGUUGCCAUAGAGAAAGGUGCUGGAAUACAAGGACAUAGUGGUGUAUAUUGUCCACCAGGAGAAAAGUGGACGGAAAUAGAGAUUCGACCAAACAAUAGACCAGGUUCGGCUACCUCCAUACCAGGUCCACCUAACUAUUUACCUCCAAUUACAGGCUAAUAGGCAUACCAGCUAAUAUGUAUCGAGGCUUUAAAUUGCCGCUAGGCAACAUCAAAGCUACGAUUAUAUUUUUGUCUCUAGAUGACUCUUAUAUAAUAUGCUUCAAAAUUAAAUAUAAUGUCGUAUCAGAAAAGAUCAUUUUCUUUCCUGAUAACCACA